UUACAGGAAGGCUCAGAGUCGACCUCUCUGUGAUGUGUGCAAUGUGUUCCACUGCACUACUGCUCUGGUUCGCUUCAGCGGCAGUGACAGUCUCCUUCAGCAGUGACGUGGUGCCUAUUGAAAUAUAUGGGAGAAAAGGGCACUCUAUUCAGUUGGACUUUCCAGCACAACCUGAACGACUUAAAGCCAGUUGGACGUGGGAUGAUGGAAGUCAGAGGAAUGUAAUAGUCAGAAAUAACAUAGCAAACCCGGACUAUAAGUCGAAAGUGGAGUUCUUUAGGGGAAACCUUUCCAUCCAAUUGAAUAAUCUGACUGGCAAUGACAGUGGACUUUACUUUGCCUAUAAACAACUAACUGAAUGGACAGAAAAGGCUGUAGCCACCUACAAAUUAAUAAUCCUGGAUGCUGUGUCUAAACCAGUCAUAAGGAUAUCCCCCAUACACUCCCGCAACAACGCCUCUGGACAGAACUGCAGCUUCAGUGUAAUCUGCUCCUCUUCCAACUCAUGGGCAUCAUACAGCUGUGACGAGAACAAGUGUACACAUCUGCAAUCAUCCCCGUCAGCCAACGUCAGCAUCAACAUCACCAGUGGCAAUGGACAUGUCAAGUGUCAUGCCAGCAACCCUGUCAGCACAGAUAUGAGAUCUGAAAAGCUGCAUGAUGCUUGUGGUGAAACCCACACAUUGGACUCAGUGCAGGACUCACAUCUUCAACCACACAUGGCCCUCAUAAUAAGUGUGGUUUGCGCUGCACUGCUGUUGCUUCUGUGUGGUAUUCUGAUAUGGAAAAAGUGUCGCAACUUAAAAGCUGAGGAAACACCUAACAAGCGCACCGAGAUACCGACAGUCAUUGUCACAGGAAGUGAUGCAGAUGAACCCGGCAGCCAGGGCCUGUCAAUCUACAGUGUCAUCAACAAGGGUGCCAAAUGCCCUGUUGUGGACCGUUCAGCUCAGAAAGCAAGCUCAUCACAAAAUCAGGCAUAUAGGACCCAAAAUACAGAAGAAGAGCACAGAUCACAUCGCCAGCAGAGAAACAAAGGGAAACAGCACCAUCAGGAGGACAAUGACAUGACCAUAUACACCACCGCAACAAAACCACUGGAGAAACAGCGCCCCACAGAGGACACAGACAGAACUGUAUACGCCACGGCGACACAACCACUGGAAAGACAGUGCCCUCAGGAGGAUACAAGUUUAACAGUAUAUGAUACAGCAAGACCCAGGACACAGACGGAAGCAAACCAGGCUGACACAGUCUAUUACACACUGGGACACAUGGGGAGUGGUCAGCAGUGAUGAAUGUAGCGACACAAAGACUACAGAGGACAUGACAACAUUCAUUCAGGACAGGAAUAUUAUACUAUGUACUUUGUCUAUUUUCUAUUUAUUUAUUUUACUAGUUUGUACAGUCGUGUGUGUGUGUGUGUGUGUGUGUGUGUGUGUGUGAGAGAGAGAGAGUGUGUAAAAUGCAUAAAUUAUUAAAGA